AUGUCAAUUGUAGAAACUUUGAAUUCGUUUAAAACUUUAAGCGAAAAUAAAAGCAUGCAAUUAGAUCUGCUAAAAGAUAAAAAGAUCGUUCUAUACGCAGCGACUUUAUUAGACAACGACGACACGGAAGUGUUGAACUUAUGCCUGGAUAUACUGGAAAACUUCGCGGAAAACGAGGAAACUCACGCGAUUUUGUUAUCCACCUUCGGGAUAUACGAAUCUGUAGAAUCGCUCUCUAUACACAUGAGGGAUAAAGAUAAAAAUAUUUUCCAACGAGCCGUAGGGAUCGCAGAAAAACUCAGGAAUUCAACAACAAAUUCCCACAAGAAAUUGAAGCACACUAAACGCCAGCAUGUCUUCUUCUUGCAUGUUGAAGGUCUUAAUGGAGAAAACUUGUUGAACUUGGAAGAAAUUUUAGUGAAAAUCAAGGGUAUAGUAUCGUUUCUAAUCGACAUCGAAUUAAAGAGGCUCACAGUUAGGAUUUGCCAGAGGCUGGAAAUCAGAGAAUUGGUGAAUAAAAUCUACAGUAAAACGAACCUGAAUUGCUCCAUCCUGGUGAGGAACAAUAAAACCGGUCUGGAGGAACGGGUGGACUUAUUAAGUACUGGUGUUGAUGCAUAUUGCACGGAUCCCAGUAAAUCUUAUUUAGCCUUUCCCGAAGACUAUUCGCAUGGAGGGAAAGCCAUCGCGGAAUCCGCCAGGAAAAUCGUGCAAAGCGGGAAUAAUGUCAUUAAAAGCAUGGUGAAUUUUUGGAAUGACGCCUUUUAUUGGUAG